AAUUGAAAAAAUAACACCAAGUACUGCUUCAAUGUAGCUUUUUAGUAUGGGCUAAUUGAAGAAGUAAGUCUUUCUUUCCACACCCUUCAUUAAAUAUUUUGUUCCUAAAAUUUACACAUCAACCUCAAAUCACAUAUGUGGCACGUGGUCUUCAACCAGAUGUUCACAAUCAACAUGGUGUAAAUAUUUCUAUUGAACCAGUUGACAUUGAUAAGAUGCUGCUGCUCACAGAGAUAUUAUGGUAAUUACUCGAUCUCUUCAGUUUGGGGAGAUUGUGCAUUUUACAGAUAUUGUCCUUCAUUCAAUCAUAAUUUCUAAAAGUUAGAACGUUCCUAUCGAGUUGUUGCUGUAAAAUUUAAAAGCAAGCCACUUUUUAGUUCAUUUUUAUGCAAUAAAAGCACCACUAAUGCUAUGUAGAAAUGUAUUUUUGGGAUCAUGAAAUUAUGUAUCUCAAAGUUUGAUAAUUUUUGCCCAUCAAAAAGAUUGAGUAAUUACCAUAGACAAGUCACCAUGAGUCUUGUGUCUGUAAUAAAAUAAUCAUGUACAUGUAUAUUAGCAGCAACACAUGUACAGCACUCUCAGCAUAGUGAGGCUGCGUCAGGCCAGGCACGUGCCUCUUCUGAAAAUUUUCCAAAUUGAAUUUUACUGAUAACAUUGGUCCGAGGGAGUUGGGGGUGUCAGGAACACCCACUUUUUAGCUAUGAUGUAUUGAGAAAUAUUGUAGUUUAUCUGCACCCUCGCUUUGCUUUCUAUAUAUAAUCAUAUCUUUAUUGCACUCCAAAUCUCUGGUAUAUGAUGUCAUUUGACCUGUAGUCUCGUAAUAACCAUGAUUGGUUAAUAUGUAACAUAUUGUUAUCUUCUACAGGUUAUGGUAGAACUGACAGUGCAAAUAUACAUAUUGAUUUAUCAAUUUGAUUGCCAAUUUUAUCAACAGAUCAUAAAACCACUAGUACAUUUUAAAUAGCUAUUCUGGCAUAUUCCAAACAUUUCUGUAUAUGGUUUCACUCAAAUUGAUCUGAUAAUAUAUAUAUUAUAUUUGGAAGCGUAGAUAAUUACAGGGGUGUCUAACAUGAUCGUUCUAGUAUGUUAUCAUAUAUAAAGUCUAGGUGACAGAUAAAUAUUGACAGCAUUGAUAAUAGAUAGAAAUAGCUCUCCAUUUUGACCCUUGGACACAUAAAGGGGGCACUUGGUCAGUUCAUAGCAUGACCAGGCAGUGCUAGGACUAUGAAACAAUCACAGUCACUGCUGGGAAUGACGACAACAGUAACAUUGAAAUGCUGAUGAAACAACUGACGAGCCAGCGCGAACUGGUGGAGAAACUCGACUCAGAGCCUCUCUUUGAGUACCUUGUUCAAAAUGGCGUCCUUGAGAAAGGAGUGGUUGAUGAGAUAAAGAAGGAGAAAAGUGCAGCCAAGGUGAAUCUUGCUUUACUCCGACAUCUUGAAAAUUCCACCCCGAAGGAGUUUGGACUGUUCAUGAAUGGCUUGCGCCAAACUGGACAGCAUGAACUGGCCAACCUGUUGGAUGAUGGGAAAAGAAUACGGCCUUCUGGGAGCCCAGAUUUCAUGGGCAAGGGAAGGCAGAAAGGACAAGUCUCCUUAAAGAUAUUGGUUAAUGGUGUGAAGAUAGACCCCUCCAAAGAACCAGGCUUGUCUUGCAGCAAAAGAGAGUGGCUCCAUCUGGAGGACAUUAAGCCAGAAUCUAAACCUUUGCCCAGAACACGUUCCAUUGAGCUAAUGGAGAUUCAGGAUAUAAGGGAGGAUCAAAAAAGUGUCAAGAAGAAAAGUUCAAAGUGCCUAUGUUUUUGUUUUAUGCGAUCUUUCACCAAGGGAAGCAAGAAGGAGCGAAAGAGAACAGAAAGCUACAGUGCUUAUGUGGUUGGCAAUGGCAACAACCACAGUGUGCCACCUGGUGGCCAAAAGGACAAGACUGGCAAUGAGGGCAAAAAUGGUGCACAUCCAGACACUGAUGGUGCUAUCACUAAUGGCAACGGCCAAAUAACCAAUAGGAACCAGCCUCCCAAAACUGUCGACCCAGCCUUAAAGAAAGUCUUUGAAAAUAAAUCUGAAUUAUUUUACAAAGAAGUUCAAGAGGCUUCCUGUCAGACCCAUGUGGAUUUUGUCAAGUAUUUGGAACAGAUGAGGGGGAUCCUCUUCAUGCAAAUUAACACUGACAGUGACCUCUCUGUGAUUUGCAUAUGCAUGAAGUUGAGUCAGCUGACCCAGCUGAGACAAGAUUGGAGGAAUGGUAACCUCUUGAAAGAUGUGGAGAGUUGUCUCGUUAAUGAUACAAUCUUACAAGUCAUCGGUGCAAAAGGAUUGAAACUCCAAGUAGAACUUCAGGAAGAGGAACUUAAUUUUGCUGAGCAGGAACUAUCAACGUAAAUAUCCCAAAGAUGUUGAAAUGUGCAUUGUUGUAGGGAGAAUUUCACAAAUAUUUGGAGCAAAUGAUUUGCAAUUUGAAUCCGAACCUUUUUUGUGAAUUGAAUUGAUAAUAACUGAAUUGUCACAAAGAAAGUUUUUCUCUGAGAACAGUCUUAAGUUUUAUAUUGACAAGGUAGAGAUAGAGAAGAAUUUGUAGCACUAUGAAAAGUGAAAGUAGUAAAUAAAGUGCUUUGAUAUGGAGUGGCUUUCAGGAAGGCUGAUAUAUACUCAAAACUAAAGUAACAUUUUUCUUAAAGAACAGAUAUACUUAUUUCCACAGCUGUCUGCUAUUUCAAUGUCUUACGUGAUCAUCCAGAAACUCUUCUUGUAACUUAUAAAAAAUACAUGAAACAGCAGCUAAAAUUCUUUGCUGGCCAUUGUGUAAAAUUUAGAUUUCUGACCACAGCAUUACUAGUAUAAACAUGAGUAAAAUAUUAGCUGUUUUUUUUUACACCGAAGUCAUGCUUGUUAAGUAUACAAUGAUACUUUGUCAGGGUGUACUAUCGUGUUAGUGCAUGUUUACGGCUAUCUGUUUGAGGCCCACUUACAUAUCAAGAAAAAAUAUUUAUGGUCACUUUCAGGUAGUAGAAUAGAGUGCUUUCAAAUGUGGCUCUGCCAUUUUGGAGCAAAGGGUUCUUCAUAAUAAUAAAAAUAAUAAUAAUAAUGAUUGUAGUAAUUUGUGUAAUGUUUUUGGGUUGGUUUUUGGCAAGUUUAGUUUCAAAGUAAGAAGACCAAGGUGUCAUUAAAUAGUACCAUGCAAUAUUAUUAAUAUUAUUUAUAUUUGUUUUAAUAACUAAGUGUAAAUCAACAAACUUCAUGUAGAAAUAAGUCAAGGAAAUAUCACGACUGUAGAAAACACAACUGUUAAUAAAUGUUGCUAAUCAUAUAAGGUCAUUUAACUAAGUACUAGAAUAUCUAUUGCUGCUGUGUGGAUGUCAUAACACAUGUCACAACUCAGCAGAGAGCAUCACUAGCACAUAGUAAAAACAUUUGUUACAAUCUUGGCUGUGUGACUGGAUUUUGGAAAAGCAUUUGAUAAAGUAGAAUAUGGAAUGGGUUAUUGAAAUUUGGGGAACAUGUCAUGAACACCCUCAGCAGUGGUUUCAUGUUAUCCAUGACAGAGGUCAUGCUUGGCAUGACUGAAUUAUGAUGCAAGAUAUAUAUGCAGGCCAAGAGAAGGGAGAUCCUUCAACAAAGAUUUUAUCACAUAUAUUUAAGGAAAGGCUUGGAAAAUGCUUAAGUGAUGUGCAAGUGGAGCACAUAGUUUAAGAGUUUUGCUUAGUAAGUUUCAUAGUUUCUGAAACCACACAUAAACACACUUUUAUACAUUGCUUUGCUGUGUGGUAAAAGUAUUAUUUUAGGUUUAACUUAUCUAUAAGUAAUUUUAAAACAGUAUAUGUUCAAGUGGUGCUUAGUUAUUUAUUGCAUGGUUUUGUUAAGGACAAACAGUUCAGUUGAUGAAAUAGGCCACAUUAAUAGCAGCACUUUUGCUUGUCAAGAAAGGAUGUAGUUGAUAUUAUUUAACACUACUAUAUGUUCAAGGUGUGCUUAGAUAUUUAUCACAUGGUUUUGGUCAAGACCAGCAGUUGCCUUUGGUCCUCAAUUGAUACACACCACGUGAAUAGAUGGCAUUGUUGCUUGUCAUGAAAAGAUGAAGUAUACAAGGCAAAAAUAUUCAAAUUUUUAGCAUUUGCUUUGGUAAGUGCCUUAAUUUUAAAUUGGUCUUAUAAUUUUAGAUAUGGCUUGGUUCUGACAUGUUUCUUAUAUUAAUCAAAAUAGUAUGAAACUCACAGCUUAGACCGUUGCACUGCAAUAUCUGAUAUAGCAGUUCCUCAUAUUGGUGUUGAAUAAUAUUGAUAUGACGUCAUUCCAUAUCUAAACAGUAACUGGCUUUUACCAAAAGACGUCCUGUUCAAUGUGGUUCAAGUUCAACUCAAUAUUAAAAAACCAUUGGAAUGGUUGAAAA